AUGUUCAUAUGUCGAACAAUGUUAUCCUAUAAUUGGAUACAAUUAUCCAGCGUUGCAGUUAUCAUACCCAAUCAUCCUCGUCCAAGAUAUUUACGUUAUAUUUUAUCAGCCGCAUAUGCAACUGGAGCGAUUAAUAUGGAUGAAACCAUUCCUGGCGAUGCACUUAUAAUUGGACUUGGCGGGGGAUCUGCUAAUAAUUAUUUGCGACAUGCCACUAAAAAUAUUAAUGUCACUGUUGUCGAGAUCGAUCCGACUAGCGUAGAUUUAGCUAAGACUUAUUUCGGUUUUAAUGAAGAUGAAAGGCAAAGAUGCGUCGAGGAAGAUGGUGCUAUAUAUAUUAGAAAAUGUGCGAAAAGAGGGCAGAAAUUCGACCUUAUUAUUUCGGACACUAGUCAAGAAAACAAUACAUAUGUUCAAGCGCCUAGUGAUAGUUUCCUAAAACUUUCAGUAGUAAGAUAUUUUCCAGAAAUUCUUAAAAAAACAGGUGUUCUUAUUAUGAACUGUUUAACGUCUAAAAUUUUAUCAGUGGAAAAAGUGAGCGAUUUCUGA